UUUCCGAGGAUGUUUGGGAUGAUCGAGAGAGUGAAUCUUGCAGAGAGCCAAAAUAUCUCAAAUUAGUACACUGGCUUCACACGAAGAAUAAACAUCGGACAGAGAAAAUUUCUUCAAGUGAAAACUUUCUUCCAAAUCAGAGGAUCUUUCUUUCGUGCGUGGAUUUUCUAGAGUUUUCUUCGGGCGAUUAGUGUUUUGGGGAUUUUUUUUCCGGGGAGUGAUAAAGUGGAUUAUUUAUUUUUUUAAUACCGGAAAAGCACAAGGAAGGCUAGUGUUAAAUUUUUAGGAGGAAAAGUGAUUAAUUUGCAAAUUGCUCUCUGUCGAAGUGGCUAAAUUUAACGUCGACUUUUGAAUUUUUCGGGAAGGGACGCACAAUAAAAGGGGGACAAAUGAGCCCCAAAUUGAAUGAAUUUGUGGUUGUUCUUCAGCGAGAUGGAGCCAAGACUCCUUGGGGUAUCCGUCUCGUUGGUGGUAGUGACUUGGAUACUCCUCUGAUCAUCACAAAGGUGACUCUGGGAAGUCCAGCGUAUGGCGAAUUGGUUCGUGGGGAUAUCAUAACAAAAAUCCAGGACUAUGAUAGUCGAGAUUUGAGGCACGAGGAUGCUCAGCAUCUCUUCAAAAAUGCCGGAAAUAAGAUAAAGGUCGUCGUUCAGAGAAACAAUUUGGUGGCUGGACAGACUCUAAGUAAUGGAUCAUCGAGAUGCUCAUCGACAAUUCCACUGAGUCCUUUGCAACUCAGUCCAAUUCCACCACACAGCAAUCUUCCAUACAGAAAUGUGUCCCCGGCCGGAGCAAGACAUCAGUCGCCCUACGAGUCCCUUCCUCAAACAGUAUUUCCCCACGUGAAUGAAUCCGGGGGCUACGAAGCACCUCAACUGUCGCCCAGGCCACCUUCUAGCACAAGCUUCUCACCACAGCCCACCAGAGAUUAUCAGCUGGAAGCCCAGGAAGAAGCCAGCGUGAUCCUCAAUCAACCAUAUCGGACGACUCCUCUGAUCCUUCCCGGAGCCAAAGUCAAGAGGGACACUGGACCAACUGAGUCCUACCUGAGGCACCAUCCCAAUCCGGCCAUGAGGGCUCCCCCUCACCAUGAUUUCCAGGAUGCGCUCAUGAAACAGAAGGUGGCCGAUACUAUUCAUCGAAUUGUCGGAGAUGAUGGAUCAAAGGUUGUUCACAAGCAAUUCAACUCACCAAUUGGCCUGUACUCAGAAAACAACAUUGAAAAAACAAUUCAGCAAAGUGCUCCAAAUUCUGUACCAUCGAAUGGUUAUAUUGUCGAUCGGCCGAAACCUACAAAAAUUCAAGGCUACAAGAGGACCGUCCUCUAUGAUCCACUGAAGAGUGAAACAUACAGAGCCAUUCAGGAAGAGACUUACGACGUGGGCAAUCCCCACGAAGUGCCCCAACCCGUGCAAACUAAAGUCUUUCACCCCACAUCCCGUGGAGUUCCUCAGAAGAAACCAGUAGCUGUUUAUCCACCGGUUUCACCAAAUAACGCCAUGGAUCCCAAUGACAUCCACCAAAGUGGCUCCUUCAAGCGCCUGAUGUACAGCGUCUUGGGAGACACUUCCUACUAAAAACAACCACCCCCGGGGCAGAAAGUGAAUUUUUUGGAGAUAAAACUCGAUAGAAGAAAUAUUUUUUCACAAAAUAAAAAUUUUAAAAGAAAUAUUGCAACUACCAUUCACACUAAAUUCAAAUUUGCAUAUUUGUGUAAUUUUAUGUGUGAAAAUAAUUACAGUGAAAAAAAAAGAAAUACGAAAUUAUUUUGCUUAAUUGUUAAAAAUUAAAAAAAAAAACAAAAUUCUACGAAUAUUUGUAAAGUUUCCUAAAUCUACUACAUAAUAUUUUAUGACUCUAAUUUUAGUAAUAUUUUUCUUUUUGAUUUUAUUUUUCUUUUGACACGUUUCUCCGAGUGUAAAAAUCUAGUCAAAUUCAAAUUUAUUUUUCUCGUGUAAAAAGUAAGGAUGAUCGAAUCUUGUUGAUUCAGUGGGAAUGUUCUUUUUAACUUAUUUACAGAAUACAAAAUAUUUCUUUGUCUAUUAUGCAAAAUAUUGCUAAUCAGUGUAAAGAAAAAAACACAAAACUUACUGAAUAUUCAAUGUGUAAAGUUGGAAGCUAAUAAAAAGGGAUUAAUUAAAUAAAA